AUGUGGUAAACUGCAAACUCAGUUCUAUCGAUUAUUACAAAUACUUACGAAAACACAAGGGGAGUGGAAUGUUUGGACAAGAAACCUCAAAUCUAGGACCCAAUAGAAGAAGAAACUCGAAAUAAUUACAGUGAGAAUGAGGAUUUCAAUCAGGCAGAUAAAGAAUUCGAUCCUACUUAAUGGAAUUUAAGAAACUUUGAAAUGGGUAGGUACCUGGGAAAUGGCAAAUUUGGACAUGUUUACUUAGCGAGGGAGCGUGAAAGUAAAUUCAUCCUGGCUUUGAAAGUGAUAAGCAAAAGACAACUGAAUCUCUGUUAAUUGACUGGAUCUCUAACCAGAGAAGUAGAAAUACUCACACAUCUCAAACAUCCUAAUAUUAUUAGUUUUUAUGGCUUCUUUUAAACAGAAAAGCGUGUUUACUUGAUGCUAGAAUGGGCUCCAUUGGGAGACUUGUAUGGUUUAAUGAAGAAGUAAUAGAAUAAGAGGUUCAAUGAGAAAAUGGCAUCAAAUAUUAUCAAGCAAAUAACAAUGGCUAUCGGAUACAUGCAUUCGAUGAAUGUAAUACACAGGGAUUUGAAACCUGAAAACAUUUUGUGUUUCAAUGACGAUGUGUUCAAGAUUUCAGAUUUCGGUUGGAGUGUUCACACACCAUCGAAUAGAAGGAAAACACUAUGUGGUACUUUAGACUACUUAUGUCCAGAAAUGAUUAAUUAUCAACCUCAUGAUAAUAGAGUGGAUGUUUGGACAAUUGGAGUGUUAGCAUACGAAUUAGUAGUUGGGAGACCACCUUUUGAAUCCCACAAUGAGAAUGACACAAAAAGAAAGAUAUAGCAUUUGUAAUACUAAUUUCCGUAGUGGAGUAGCUCAGAUUUUCAGAAUUUCGUAAAGGGAAUCCUUCAACACGAUUGCAAUAAGAGACCCACAAUCUAAUAGAUUUUAAAUCAUCCAUGGAUUGCUUAAUGAAUUACUAAUAUAUAUUAUAAUAAUUAAAUAAAUAAAUUUGAAAAA